AAUUACUUGCAAGUAUACAUAGAUCCUCACUCCCUUCUCUUUCUCUUCGUAUCCAUUUUCAUCAUCAACAUCAACAGCAAAAUUCAAAAUCCGACAACAUGGGGAGCUUAAAUCCGCCUCCUCAGCUCAGCUUGGAUUUCAAACCUACUUUUAUCCCCAAAACAAUCACUCAAUUUCUAGGCCAGGUAUCAAGAAUCGGUAGCCCAUCUGACAAGAUUUUGAAAGUCGAUGAUUUUGUUAGCCGAUUAGAAACCGAAAUGCGGAAAAUCGACGCCUUCAAACGGGAACUCCCUCUUUGCAUGCUCCUCAUUAAUGAUGCAAUUAUUGUAUUGAAAGAGGAGUCGAUGGUAUUAAAGAAAUCAUCAAAUGCCGAACCAGUACUUGAAGAAUUCAUACCACUCAAGAAGACUUGUGAUGAAGAUGAACAACUUGAAAUGAACGGGAAAGAAAAGGGUGCUGGAGAUAAGAGGAAUUGGUUGAGUUCCACACAACUUUGGAACACCAAUGACAACACCCCAAACACAAAUCAAACCCAAAAUUGGAAACCAAAUUCGAUACAGCAAAUAACUAAAAAGAGACCUUUGGAAGAAGAUGAUCCCUAUGAACCCUGUAGAAACCCUGGGAGAGCUUUUAUCCCGUUUAAGGGAUGUUGUGCGAUUACGAUGGUGGGUACACCAAGGGAGGAAGAUAGGGAGGAAUUGCAGGUUUCUGGGCUCUCUCUUAUCACCCCUGGAAGCAAGAAUCCAGUGAGGGGAAACGUUUUACUUUCGAAAUCCAGUGCUGAUAGUAGAUUGGUUCCUUGUUCUGCACCAAAUUCUCAAUCAAAUUUACGGAUUGAUGGCCCUCAGGUUCAGCCUCCACAUCAGCAGACAUCUAGAAAACAAAGAAGAUGCUGGUCUACAGAGUUGCAUAGACGAUUUGUCAAUGCCCUCCAGCAACUUGGAGGUUCACAAGCUGCUACCCCUAAGCAGAUUCGAGAGCUUAUGCAAGUCGAUGGGCUUACAAACGACGAAGUGAAAAGCCAUUUGCAAAAAUACAGGCUUCAUACACGAAGACUUCCAUCUUCAAACACCUCAUCUGCUAAUCAGUCUGGUGUUGUUUUGGGAGGAGGGUUGUGGAUGGGUGGCCAAGAUCAGUAUGUUGAAUCCUCAAAGCAUGGGAAUAUUUCGCAAUCUGGUUCUCCGGAUGGUCCGCUUCUGAUCAGCACCAUUGGUGGAACUUCGACCACCGGAGACAACAGCAUGGAUGAUGGAGAAGAUGAGAAAUCUGAGAACUACUGCUGGAAAGGUCAUCUGCACACAGAUGAUGUAUAAAUCUUGAAUAUUCUUUUUUGAGAAAUAAUGGGUUAAUUGAUAUAGGUGAGUUUAUAUAUAUAUAUAAAAACAAGCUGAAAAAUAACUUAUACAUAAAGAAUGAUGAAAUUUUGCAGGAUUAGGUUCCUUUUUUUUUUGUUUUUACAGAUUUGAGUUGGUUGGCAUUUUCUUGGAUUCCUUGUCCAAGUAGCUUCAUGUGAAGCACAUCUGUAUUUGAGAUAAGAAACAUGAUGAUUGAAGUACUCAGUAUUUUAAACA